AUGUCCCAAACACAGGCUUCAAGGCCUAACUUCCUCAUCAUCGUCGCCGAUGAUCUCGGGUACAGCGACACUGGGCCCUUUGGCUCGGAAAUAGAGACUCCGGUCCUCGAUAGACUAGCCAGCUCUGGUGUGCGACUGACAAACUUUCACACGGCAUCGGCGUGUUCGCCGACGAGGUCUAUGCUGUUCUCUGGCACCGAUAACCACAUAGCCGGCCUCGGUCAGAUGGCAGAAUUUAUGAAAGACAACCGCUACGAUGGUAAACCAGGAUACGAAGGAUAUCUGAACUUCCGAGUGGCAGCGCUCUCAGAAGUGCUCCAAGACGCCGGCUAUAGCACAUUCAUGUCCGGCAAGUGGCACCUGGGUUUAACAAAAGAAACGGCACCUUGCUCCCGAGGGUUCGACGAGGCCUACGCGUUCCUCUACGGCUGUGGCAAUCACUUCAAUCACGAGCCGCAGCUGGAUGACCCUGCAGCCGACCAGUUUGGACCGAUGUCCAGCGGCAAUUUUUGGAUGGAGGGCGACCGGUUUCUCGACCGCCAAUGUGACAUCCCAGAUGACUUUUACUCUAGUACGUCCUUUGCCGACAAACUAGUGGAAUAUCUCGACAACCGGACGGACAGGGCGAAACCUUGGCUGGCUUAUCUCCCUUUUACCGCCCCGCAUUGGCCCCUCCAUGCUCCACGCCAGGUAAUAGAGAAGUACAAGGGUUUCUAUGACGAAGGGCCACACAUGCUGAGGGAGAAGCGUCUGAAACGUCUGGUAGAACUGGGCAUCAUUCUAGAGAAUGUCGAGCCCGCGGAGAUGACAGCGGGCGCGAAGCAUGAGUGGGAGCAGAUGAAUGCGGAGGAGCGCGCCACCUCAGCUAGGAAGAUGGAGGUUUACGCCGCCAUGGUCGACGUCAUCGACCAGAGCAUCGGGCGCGUAGUCGAUCAUCUCGAUAAGACUGGCGAACUCGACAACACCUUCAUCCUGUUUAUGUCUGACAACGGGGCCGAGGGAUCGAAGCUGGAAGCCGUCCCGCUCAUGGGUGGGGAGACGACGAUGGGCAAGGUCAUUGAGAAGUACUACAACAACAGCUUCGACAACAUCGGCAUGAGAGAUUCCUAUGUUUGGUACGGCCCCGCCUGGGCGUGCGCCUCAAUGGCGCCGUCGCGCGGCUUCAAGAGCUGGAUCACCGAGGGUGGCAUUCGCUGCCCCUGCAUCGUUCGCUUUCCGCCCGCUGUCAGCCCUACCCUGUCACAAACUGAUUCCUUCUGCACCGUCAUGGAUAUCAUGCCUACCAUUCUAGAUCUCUCCGGGGUCCCCUCACCUAGCAGUCCGUUCCAUGGUCGGGACAUCGUCCCCAUGCGGGGCUCAUCCUGGGUUCCCCACCUGAGCGGACGGACUGCUUCCUUCCACGACGAGGAAAAGAAGAUCACAGGCUGGGAACUAUUUGGACUCCGUGCGAUCCGUGAGGGACCGUGGAAGGCUAUUUACAUGAACGCCCCCAGAGGCAGUGACGACUGGGAACUGUAUAAUGUUACUCGUGAUCCGGGCGAGAUCCACGAUGUCGCCAUGACAGAACCAGAAAUAUUGAAAAGAUUGAUAAAACACUGGGAAGUUUACUACGCAGAGACGGGUAUGUUUGACCCCGGGCAGGAUUUCAGGAUGGUUAAACAUAUAUGA